GAUCAUUCAACAUGGCUUCACUGGUGAACGCAUAGAACAACAGUAAAGAAAGAAAGUAAUGGUGCUCGUUUAUUAAAGUAAAACGAGAUGAAGCUUCGCGUUCAGCUGCAGUGUAAAAACUUACACGAGUAUCUGAAGGAACUGAGUCCAGAAAUACUCGACAGACUCUACAAUCAUCCAGCAACAUGUCUGGCAGUCUACAGGGAACUUCCAUCGCUGGGGAAAAAUUAUGUAAUGCGGAUGCUAUUUUUAGACCACCCCCUACCACAGGCCGCAGUUGCUCUGUGGGUUAAAAAAGACAGCCAAAAAGAUCACGAUCAGUGUGUGUCUGUGUUAACUGGUUUACGGCUCUGGCACAGCCAGCAGCUUCAGGGUGGACUUCAGGGUUUUGUGCUCAACCCUGUGUUUAAAGACAACCUGAGGAUAGCACUGCUAGGCGGUGGGAAACCAUGGGCGGAUGAUGGCAGCAGUCUCGGUCCUGAUCGACAUGGCAGAGAUGUGCUGAGUCUCGACCGCUAUGCCAUGGAGCGUUGGGAGGUCAUCCUUCACUUUAUGGUGGGCUCACCGAGCGCCGCCGUCAGCCAGGAUCUGGCCCAGCUGCUCAACCAAGCGGGGCUCAUGAGGAGUGAACCUGGAGAGGCUCCAUGUAUCACAUCGGCAGGGUUUCAGUUUCUGCUGCUGGACACGGCCUCUCAGCUUUGGUACUUCACCCUGCAGUACCUCAAAACCGCACAGUCAAGAGGUAUGGACCUGGUGGAGAUUCUUUCCUUUUUGUUCCAGCUGAGUUUUUCCACUCUCGGUCGGGACUAUUCUGUGGAGGGCAUGAGUGAGUCCUUGCUCACAUUUUUGCAGCAUCUACGAGAGUUUGGCCUGGUCUUCCAAAGAAAGAGAAAGUCCAGAAGGUAUUACCCCACAAGGUUGGCCAUAACUCUAGCUGCAGGCAUCACGGCAAACCCUUCCUCUGGUUCCGCUUCCUCUGCGCUUGGAGCUACACCAGGAACAGGAGACACAGGCUUCAUUGUCGUAGAAACCAACUAUCGUGUAUACGCCUACACCAAUUCUGAACUUCAGAUCGCACUCGUGGCUCUAUUUAGCGAGAUGCUGUAUCGCUUUCCUAAUGUGGUGGUUGCUCAGGUAACCAGAGAAUCAGUGCAGCAGGCCAUAGCAAACGGCAUUACUGCACAGCAGAUUAUUCAUUUCUUACGGACCCGAGCUCACCCUGUAAUGGUUAAACAGACCCCUGCACUCCCCCCAACCAUCACAGAUCAGAUCAGACUGUGGGAGCUCGAGAAAGAUCGCUUGCAGUUCACUGAGGGAGUAUUAUACAACCAGUUUUUAUCCCAGGCUGAUUUUGAAGUGCUGCGAGAUAGAGCUCAGGGUUUGGGUGUAUUGGUGUGGCAAAACCCGGCUCACAGGGUAAUGGUGGUGUCGCCACAUGGACACAGCGAGGUUAAGAGAUUCUGGAAAAGACAGAAGAGUCAUACAUGAGAACAAAACAAGAACACACUAUUUAUCAAGACAGUGAGAAUGACAGUAAUCCACUAUUCACUUUCAUGUGACAUAAUUACUGCUUGGUGGACCUUUGAUGAGGACAAACCAACCAACCAUAGAUCCAAAAUGUUUUGGUUCCUACACAUAUCAUAACACCUUUGAUAUUUGCAAGACUGCUUCUAUGUACAUAAUCACAACCUUAUUGACAUUCUUUGCUUUUGUAAUCCUCUGCUCUUGCUAGAUUACAUGUUUGUGUCUAAAUUCAAUGGACUGAAAUAAAUACUUUUUAUAA